AUGUUCAAACUUUCGUUGCCGCUUUCCAAAGUGAACAACAACAGCAACUCCUCAUCACACGAAGAGAACACAACAGCGGCGGUUGAUCGUGUGGGUCUCUCCACUGAUACAACAACAACAACAGAUGCAUCUAACAGAAACAAUGAACAUAUCAUCACCUCAACCGCUAAUAGUAGUAGUAGUAGUAGCAACACUACUGCUACCAACGGCAUCACGAUUCCGCCCGUUUCAUUAUCGAACUUGAUAUCCGCAACUAUUUCUUCUUCUGAUAACAACCGUGAUGAUGACAUGUCCUAUGAUGAUGAUGAAGAUUUCAAGGACUAUGAGACGCUCUCAAACCAUAGAAAAUCAGAAGGGACGACAACGAACAAUAACACAUUCUUUUCUUCUAUUUCAUUUGAUACUGACCCAAUUCCAAUUGAAAAUAUGAGCAAGUUGAUUGGAUCAUCUCCAUCAACAAUGGCAACAACAACAACAUCAGAAAAAUCAACCUUCUACACAAGUAACAUCAAAAUGUUCGAAUGUUUUGAUGCUGUCUCUUCCAAGAGCUCCUCGGACAAGGUCUGGAAACGAGAUUUCCAAACAAAACCUCUUCAUACUCUAGUCUCGAAUAUGAACCAUCAUGAAGGUACAACGACGAAUUUGUCCUCUUGCUCCUCACAAUUCAACACAACUUCGUGUUACAUUGUUCUCCACCUCUAUCAUCAUUCUCACUCGGCAAUGUCACCACAAUCAAACAAACCUGCCCUUUCAAAUGACGAAUCACGAGACGAAACUAACUUUAAACUACUCGAGCAACUCUUCACAGUGGGAUCCCUCGAAUGUACCAGUAGUCAGAUGACAGAUUGUGCCUUCACACCGCGUGGAUUAGAGUAUCCGUUUGCUAGCACGCGAUUAGACUCUCAACACAACACCAAGUACCUCUUCGAUCUCUACGUUUGGUACGGAAAGGAAUCAAGCGAAUUUGUAAAGAGCAGAACCAUUGAGAGAGCACUUAACUUGGAGUCAUUGCUGCAUCAACCUCAUGCUGUAGAGCAGUUAUUCCACUCCGGAAAACCACAAUCUUUUUAUGAUUUGGUCCUCAACAAAACAGACGUUGGUAACAGUGCCACAACAACUCCAUCAUCAGAGACCUCUGCAUUGUCAAGUCUAUCAUCAUCCAGUGUUUUGCGUCAUCAUCUUCUCUCUCGAAUUAGAGCCAUGAUGAAAGGCACACCACAAAAAUCAUCGCGACAUCUUUUUGAGGAGUUGACACUUCUUUCUCCUGACGAAACGUUUAACAAUUCGGAUGUUGACAAGCUGGGAACUCUACUUCAACUCCGAAAGAGACCAAUGGCUGGCGUAAGUAAGGAUGAAGAACACGAUUCGCUUGAAUCUCCACGAAAGAAGGAACGGACCCAAUUGAGUCCUCUCAAUACGCGAGAUGUUGAACAUGUGGAAGAACCAAAAGUGCUAAGUGGUAGAGAGCUUGCCAAGGCUUGUCAUUAUGUUUGUUCAAAAAUUACAGACUUUCUCUUCCUUGGCAGUGCUGCCGUUGCACAAGAUAAGAAAAAACUCAAUGAGAACGGAAUUACACACAUCAUCAACUCAGCUGCUAGUGUUUAUUGUGACAAUUACUUCCCUAAUGAUUUUACAUACUAUUCACUAAGUUUAUAUGACGAUCCAAACGAAUCAAUUAUUGGUUCAUUUUACGGAGUUAUUGAAUUUAUCGAAAAUGCAAUCAAAAAUGGUGGAAAAGUCUUUAUCCACUGUCAAAUGGGAGUCUCACGGUCUUGUUGCUUGACCAUUUCAUACAUGAUGUGGAAAUAUAAAAUGUCGUUUGCAAGAGCUUUGGACGAUGUGAAACAGAAGAGAGCUUGCUGUUCUCCUAAUGCUGGAUUCUUGGUUCAACUUACACAAUGGGAAACAAUAUUAGGAUUAAAUGAGAAAGCUAGAAAGGAACCAAAAUCCUACCUCUACCGCAUAAGUCCUCUAAACAAUUUUUAUGCCAUCCACAAAGAGUUGGUACCAAAGUUGUGUCACAAUACGAAAAAUUUGGAUUCAAGAACUUGCUUUUUACUUCAAACCAAAUACGACCAUUGUUUCUUGUGGAUUGGCUCUAAGAGCACGAAUGAGCUACAACAGGCAGCAGAGAAGUUUAUCGGAGUUUUAAAGUCAUAUUCUCCAAUUGUCAUCAAGGAGUGGAUUCGAAUCCAUGAGGGACAAGAAACUGAAGAAUUCAAUCAAGCUAUGGACACCUUAGAAAUUGAUCCAAGAAGAGCGAACAACACUUCUGAAUAUCCAGAUUUGAAAUAUUUGCAAAUGACCCACGAAGAAGCAAUGGAUUUAUUGCGACAAUUGAGAAAUGUUGACAAAACUGCAGAUUUAGAAGCAGAGAAGGAGUUGAAAGAGUACAAGAAUGGUACGCUUUUUAGCUUUGAAGAUGGAAAAUUCUCAGAAUUCGACUACUUUGAUAGUGAGGAUAUUGCCGAUGACAUGUGCUAUGUCAUGCUUCCAGAGAAUGAGCCAAAAAUUCUUGUCAUGAUUGGCUAUGAUGUUGAUCUUGGAGAUGACAGUGUUGAUGACAAGGGUGAAGAAAUUGGCGAAUUAUUCAUUGAAUGGAAAAAACUUCCAGCAGAUACCUCUAUCCAAGUUUGUGAAGAAGAUGACCCAGAAUUCUUCAGAUACUUUAAGAAUGGAUAA